UUAUAUAUUGUUUAAACAAUUAGUCUAAAAAAGUUGGGUUUGGAAAAGAAAAAUAAAUUUACAAAAUGAGCGGAGUUUUAAGAAAUGCAUUACGUCUUGCUGGCACAGCAAAAUAUGUUACAAAUAAUUAUCAAACACAAUAUCUACGUAGAUCCAUGUCACACGUGGCAAAUUGUUCGAAUGAUAUUACCAAAAAUUCAGCUACAGAAGAUAAAUCAAAUGAUCUUUCUAAUUGUAAAUAUGCAGAAAAACCACAAGAUACUCAAGCUAAAAAAGAAUCGGCUGUAGCAUGUGAAAAAGAUUGGAACAUUAUAAGUGCUGCUGCAAACAAAAUAUCAUCAAUAGCUGAAAAUUUUAAAAAUAAAAUUACUGCUGAGGAAGAAGAAGAAGAAGAAAUACCAUUAAAAUCAAACGUUGGUAAAUUUAAUUUAUCACUCUAUGGUGGUACUGUUACAUUAAAAGCACGAGGAAUCAAUAAAACUUAUUAUUGGGAUGCCCCACUUAACAUUGAAGGUGACAAAGAAUUGAUGGAAAAGUUACAAAAUACAAUCGCCGUUAAAGAAGAAAUAAAACUUGGUAAAUUUAAUUUAUUAUUUGAUGAUGAUAAAUUAAUAUUAAAAAUACGAGGAAGAGAUAAAAGUUUUACUUUCAAUCACAAACUUGACAUUACUGAAAAAUCGGCUAAAAGUUUACAGGAUAAAAUUUUAGCUGAUUAUGGAACUCCAAGUGAUAUGAGUAAAACUUUUUCACAAGGUAAUCAUUUUAUUGUAUCGGCUUGUGAUACUAAAAUCACAUUAAAAACAAAAGAAGGUGAAAAAACUUUUUUUCCCAAGCUUUCUAAUGAGAAUGAAAAACUAUGCGAAGAACUAAGUUCAAAUGGUCUAAAUAUCAAAGAAUUUACCGACGAAAAUCAAGUAGGAAUAAAAACAAAAGAAAAUGAUAAAACUUUUGUUUCGAAAUACACGAUUAACUUUCAAGUUAAUGAUGAAAAACCGGCUGAAAAUUCAAAUAUUGAAAAUUUUCUAGAAAUUUUUAGAGGAAAUGAUAAAUUUGAAAUAAUUAUUAAUAGCGGCGAGGGAACACUGCGCACACAAGAAAAUGAUGAAAGUUAUUCUUUCCAAGAGUCACUUCACUUUGUAGUUGACAUGCAUAGUAGAGGAUUUUCUGUUGAUAUUCAAUCGCGUUUAUCAAACAUAUAUUUUGUUUAG